GCAAACCCUAAAAUUGGAAGCUUAGCAUCUCUCCUGUCACUCCAAUCCCAGCAAAUCCAAUAUUUCUCGUUUUUCAUUUUCUUUUUCUAUUUUCCAGGAAAAUUCUCAGUAUCAUUAUUCUCUGUUAUCCAUUAACAUCAACUGCUAUUCCACUACCAUAAUCAGUUUCUUCUUCCUUUGUUCUUCUCCCUCUAGGCGACGCCACCUGCUCGCUCUCUCCUUCCCUCGCGCAUUUCAUGGAUGAAAUGUAUGGAAUCCACUCCACUGGAGAGUACGCCUCGAACAAGCCGUUGAUGUCGUCGCCGGAUAGUCUGAUCAUACCUUCAGAUUACCACGCCUUGUUUUGCUCCUCGAGUCAGGUUCCGAUGUUUGGAUUCGAUGAGUUGCUCUCCGCUGCUUCGGCCAUAUCUGAAGCUACCUCCAUCAUGCCUGAAAUUCAACCGGAAGAAGACAUGUCCUCAAUUCGGUUCUCGGAGAUCCACUUCGACAACCGCCCCAUAAUCCCUUUUGAUAAGUUUGGAUUCACCCACACUGGACGUCUUGAGCUCACCGUCUCCAACAUCGACCUCUCGAAUCAAAAACCUCGAUCUUUCCAAGGUCGGGUUCUUCCUCUGCACCAACGAUGUGUGGCUGCACGUGCUCCAGCAACUCGAAGACCCAGAUCUGGAAUAGGAGUUGGAGUAGGCAUGCGGUGGUUCAGCAUGCUUGAGAAAACCCAGAUCUGGGGAGGAAGAAGGGAGAAGAGAGAGAGAGAGAGAGAAAGAACAAGAAGAAGAAAACAGAAAGAUGAUCUGAGUUUGAUUUUAAUUUUGCAGGAGUAGUAGUAGGUUUAGGGUUUUGAAUUUGAAAAGGAAAUGAAAAGAAACGAAGAUAAUUGAA